CCCCCACCACCACCAUGCUGUGCCACGCCGCAGCCCUCCUGGCGGACAUGCUGUGGGACUUCCCCUCGGCCAUACCGCUCACCAUCGCCAUUCUCCUCGCUGCUCUGUACCUCCACCGAACAUACGCCUUCUGGGAGAACCGAGGUGUGCCGGGCCCCAAGCCGCUAUGGGUGCUUGGGAACGUGUAUCCGCGUCUCCGUGCGUCCGUGUCCCUGGCCGCGUUUGACCAGGAGAUGUACGAGCGACACGGGGGAAGGUGGAUGUGUGGGUACUAUGAGUUCACCAAGCCGUGCCUCAUGGUGGGUGAUGUCCAGCUGCUAAAACACGUCAUGGUGAAGGACUUCGACCACUUCACGGACCGCAGCUUCGUGACCUUCAACGAGCCCGUGAUGGACCACAUGCUGCUGGGGCUGAAGGGCGGAAUGUGGAAGGCCGUGCGCUCCGUCAUGACCCCAACCUUCAGCUCCGGCAAGGUCAAACACACGCUGCAGCUGGUCAAGGACUGUGCCAAGAACCUGGUCACGUACUUCAACAAGGAGCUCGACAAAGGGUCGUCCGUGUUUGAGAUGAAGGAGGUCUACGGGAUGUUCACCAUGGACACCAUCGCCAGUAUUGCCUUCGGCGUCAGCAGCGACACACUCAACAACACGGAGAAUGAGUUCUCGGCAGCAGCAGCGCGAUUCUUCUCCCCGGCCCCUAAGUGGAAGCGUCCGUUCAUCUUCCUGCAGUUCCUCAAGCCCCACAUCGCCAAACGCCUGCACCUCAACUUCAUCGACCGAACCCCAAUACACUUCUUCUCUAAGGUGGUGACGGACACAAUGAAAUACAGGCAGGAGAACAACCUCCGACGCAGCGACUUCCUGCAGCUGCUCCUGGACGCUCAGCUGCAGGAACAGACCAACAACAACAAGAGCUGCCCUUCGCCUGGACCAGCUCCCGGCAAGAUGACCAACCAAGUCCUCACCGACCUAGUCAUCACCGCCCAGUGUGUCCUCUUCUACAUCGCCGGCUACGACACCACCGCCACCACCCUCAGCUUCCUCUCCUACUGCCUCGCGCUGCACCCUGACGUACAGCAGCGGUGCAUGACGGAGAUAGACACGGUGCUGGAGCGACAUGACGGACAGGUGACAUACGAGGCGCUCACCGAGAUGACGUACUUGGAUAUGGUGUUUGCCGAGACACUGAGGCUUUACCCCCCGGCGCCCCGAGUGGACAGGACGGUGACCAAAGAUUACAGGGUACCGGGCACGGACAUCACCCUUCCUGCUGGUCUGAAAGUUAUAAUUUCUAUCUAUAGCAUCCACCGGGACCCAAGACACUACCCCAACCCGACGCACUUCGACCCCGAGCGGUUCUCCCCGGAAAACAAGGCGACGCGCUCUCCGAUGGCGUACAUGCCCUUCGGAAGCGGCCCCCGGAACUGUAUUGGCAUGAGGUUCGCGCUGAUGGAGGCCAAGAUCGCGGCCGUGUGUCUGCUUCAAGAAUUCGCCUUCAUCCCCAGCAAGAGAACGCAGGUGCCCAUUAAGCUUGAGAAACGCAGCGGACUUCUCAAGGCGGAGGACGGCGUGUGGGUCAGGCUGGCCAAGAGGUCGUAAGGGGGAACCGUAACAUUGUAAGCCUUAUAUGUGUGUGUGAGAGGGAGAGAAUGUACAAGAAUGGGAGAGAGAAAAUGUACAAGGUUGCCAAGAGGUCGUAAGGGGGAACCGUAACAUUCUGGGCCUUAUGUGUGUGUGCGAGGGAGAGAGAGAGAGAGAGAGAGAGAGAGAGAGAGAGAGAGAGAGAGAGAGAGAGAGAGAGAGAGAGAGAGAGA